AUGAGGAGAGAAGGGGGGGCAUCCCAGGACAUGCGAGAAGAAACACCAAUCGAAAAAGGAAACGAUGUACACGAGGAUGGCAAUGGCUCAGACCGACACAGGGAUAAGAGACAGAAGCGAAACGAUAACGAUGACCUACGCACUGGGUCUUUGCCCGGAUCGAGCUCAGGGCCAGGAACAACGGAUCAGAGGGUGGAUUAUGAACUGAAAAUUAAACGGAGUGCGUCCGGGGUUGGCCCACAAACACAUGAUCCAGAGCUGUAUGAGCAGAUACAGAGGGAUGCACGGGCAGGGGUAUAUAUUGGUCCUGGAGCUAGCGUGGUGGCUCGAUUUACGCCACACCAAGAACCACGGAGAGAGACAUCUCAUAGCCAUGGCCAUGCUACGUGCGACACCCUGACCCCUGGAGGAAGGAAGAGAGCAGGGGAUGGCCAAGCUGAAACGGGUAUUUCGGCUACAGACACAUCAAGUGACGCUGAUGAGCUCCCAGGGGUGAGAACAACGAAGAAACGACCUAGAGUGGAAGACAGCUCAGAGUCAAGUUCUGGCGUGGGUGAGAGCAGUAAUACUGCCAAAAUAGACAAGGGCAAGGGCAGGGCUGUUGAAGGAAAUAAUCGCUCUGAUUCAGUUUACCAUCCGAGACAAAGUGCUGCUGUGCCUGAAUCUGCUGAGAUUCUCAUUUCAAGCGAUCAAAGCCACAGAACUGAGUAUGAUCAAUACGGAGUCAGGACGAAGGAGCGUCCAGUUCCAUAUCAAUCAUCAAAGUUCACACCUUCGCCAGGCGAGAUUAAGACGCGGCCUGAACAUAUCCCAUACAGCAGAUUCUACCAAGAGAGGCUUGUAAAAAAGUUGCGGAGGGAGUUCGGUCGUAUGGGCCGAAGACGCUUGCUGCUUCAUUUCCCGCAGCCCACACAUCCUACUCGGCGGAUUAGAACGUGGAGUGCACCGGCCAUCAGCCACCUGGGUAGGUUUGGUCAGACAUUGGCUAGUGCCCUUCCAUCUUGUCCACAGCUGACCAGGCCCGGUCGGCGAGUUGAUCUCAUUUACGAUGGGAAGACACCCGUCGUAAAGGAGGAGAGAUUGUCCGAGGAAGUGGAUCUGAAACAGUUCCCUCUUCCAUCUAUCGAAGAAGAGCCUGAAGGUGAAGCAGGGACGCCAACAAGAAAUGAGGUUGAGCGUCUGGUUUCAGGGAGCGUGUCACAGCAACCUCAUGGCGAGGGUGAAUCCGAAACUAUAGUCGAGGGGCCACCCAGACGGGCUAGGAGACAGGCUGCUAUCUCAGGAAGAGAGAAGAUGCGGGAGCACACCGCACCCCCAGCACGACGCGGUACGCGAGGACCUGCUGCCAGAAAGACACCUGCUGCGCCUUCUGGAGAGGCACGGCCUGAGAUAAGGGAGCAGAUUUCAGUAGAAAUUCCAGUUGCCGUCCCUGAAGAAGAUGAUCACGAGGAGCAAGCUGAAAGCAGCACCCGAACCAAGCGAGCCACGACGAGCAGCGCAAAGAGCAAAGCUCCCAGUAAAGCCCCUAAGGAGAAAAAGGCCACUCCCGCGCCCAAAACAGCUAAAGCAACAAAGGUAACCAAAGCAGCUCCUAAAAAGCCAGCUGCAAAGGCGAAGACGCAGGCUAGGGGCAAAGCCGCUCCCAAACCAACAGCCGUCAGCAAGGCAGCCAAAGGACGCGCUGGGAAGAAAGGGGAGUGA